AGCUCUUGGUGGAGGUUGAGCUCUGCAUCGUGAAGGUUGAAGACGCCAAGGAUUGGGCUGCGCAGUGCGUGGAGUCUUACAGACGACGGCGCCACGACUGAAGCCCAGUUGGCGCCCAACACCGGGACUUGCACCUGCGGUACCUGCUCUGGACGGUCUGUGCCGCCAUCGUGACGACUUGCAGCUUCAGCAGCCAGUAGACUGUCGCUGCACGGGCUGCCUCGGCGCGACAAGCAGUUUUCAGCAAGUAUCAUCAGUCUGCACUCCGCGCCCAGAAAGGUGUCACUGCUAUUGGCCAGUGGACAGCUGUUGCUGAGCUGCGAUGGGAGGGUAUCAAGACGUGGGGGUGGGGUGGGCAUGGGCAGUUUUCUACUGAGCCCAGCCAGCCCUUCCUUAGAUGCAAAGACUCUUCAAAACCCUUUUUUGAGAAAUUUUGACCCCUCUGGAGUGAGAACUACUCUUGUAAACACCCUCCUCGACUCCCCUUGAGUAUUCACUACAAAGCCAUGACCAUGGAUGCCCUGUUUGUUGGCAGAUCUGCUGCGCAUCAGUGGGCUAGUGUUGCAAGUCUGAGCAAAAUCGCCUCCGCCUGGUCCUUGAACAAUGCCGCGGCAACAACCUUAGCACGCUUCGGAUCACCAUUGGCAGCCAACUGCUCGUACGGAAAGUUGCUCAGCAGGGAGGGCCGCAAUCGUGCCCGUAGUACGAGGAAAACAGACCUGUUGUUCUCUGCCAGCGGAGUGCGGAGGGGAGUCAGAUUGUUCGCAGCUAUGGCGUCCCGGGAUGCGUCUGCAGGAGCAGGCGCUGUCGGUGUUGCAGCUGGCAAUGAAGAUGCGCUGCAGUUCGCCAAAAUCGACAACCGCCGGUUUCUUCAUGUGGUUUACCGAGUUGGAGAUCUUGAAAAUACAGUGAAGUUCUAUACAGAGUGCUUGGGGAUGAAGGUGCUCAGAGAGAGGGAUGUUCCUCAGGAAAAGUACAAGAAUGUCUUUCUUGGGUUUGGCCCCGAAGAAACGAACUUCGCAGUUGAGUUGACGUACAAUUAUGGCGUGGACAAGUACGAUAUCGGCGAGGGGUUCGGACACUUUGGGAUAUCCGUGGAGGACGUGCACAAGGUCGUGGACUUGGUGAAGCAGAAGGGAGGCAAGGUGACAAGAGAGCCCGGGCCUGUGAAAGGCGGAAAGUCGGUCAUCGCGUUCGUGGAAGACCCCAGUGGCUACAAAUUCGAGCUCAUCCAGCGCCCCAAGACGCCUGAACCACUUUGUCAGGUUAUGCUCAGGGUGGGCGACUUGGACAGAUCCAUCGCCUUUUAUGAGAACGCGUUGGGGAUGAAACUUCUGAGAAAGCGCGAUAAUCCAGAUUAUAAGUACACGAUUGCAAUGAUGGGCUAUGGACCUGAGGAAAGCAGUACCGUUCUGGAGCUGACAUACAACUACGGUGUCGCAGCCUACAGCAAGGGCAAUGCGUACGCACAGAUUGCCCUGGGUACUGACGAUGUCUACAAGACGGCAGAAGCAGUAAGAAACCAUGGCGGAAAGAUUACGAGGGAGCCGGGGCCUAUUCCAGGAAUCAACACGAAAAUCUUCGCCUUUCUGGAUCCUGACGGCUGGAAGACUGUUUUUGUCGAUAACGAAGAUUUCCUCAAGGAGUUAGCGUAGGUAGGGAACGGGUUAUCAUUUUCAGAAGGGGUUUUCGAAUCCGGUCUAUAAUAGAUACUGGGCCUCGCCACACCACUGUCGAAACGGAAAAUGCAGGAGUGCAUCUUCCUCAGGAAAUGGAGAGAGGCAUCCAUUACUAUUCAUAGUGUACCGGAUGCAUCUUGCCGCUCUUCACACUGUCAGGUACAUGCACUGGUACUGUUUUUGAAAUGCAGGAGCGCAUCUUCCUCACAAAAUGGAGAGAAGCAUCCAUUACUAUUCAUAGUGUACCGGAAGCAUCUUGCCGCUCUUCGCAGUUACAUGCACCGGUACUUUUUUUGUUUGUACUGGUGUGGCGAGGCCCAGUGUCGGCUGUGAACAGAACUGGGGUGCGUGCAGACAUCUCGGAGACGAGGGGUAUUACAGGACAACACUGUUUUUGCCGACACGAAAGAUUCCCUCAAGGAGUUAGAAAUAUAAAGAGGGCAUGGUUUUCAGAAGCCGCAUCCAAUACUAUUCAAUGUAUUCAUGGUGUACUGGAUGCAUCUUGCCGCUCUUCGCAGGUACAUGCACCGGUACUUUUUUUGUUUGUUUGUACUGGUGGGGCGAGGCCCAGUGUCGGCGGUGAACAGAGCUGGGUUGUGUGCAGACAUCUCGGAGACGACGGGUAUUACAGGACAACACUGUUUUUGCCGAUACGAAAGAUUCCCUCAAGGAGUUAGAAUACUGAAGAGGGCAUGGUUUUCAGAAGCCAUCUUCGAAACCGGUCUUUAUAGUGGCAGCUCUGAACACCACCGAGGUGCGUGCAGACAUCUCGGAGACAGGUGAUUAUGGGAAUUUACGGCGGGACACCCCCAAUCAGGAUGGGCUGAGAAUUCCUUUCUGUUCACUGGUAUGGGGAUGUUAGCACACGCAUUACAGGGCUUGCCAACGACACUCCUGUGCGGGUAGUUGUUCAUCUGUGGUCAUAUCUGACAGGCAAUGACAGGGUGCAGGACGUACAUGCGGAUGAUCAGUUUCGUUCG